UUCUUUUUUCCUUUUUUUCUUUUAAAAAAAUAUAUAAUAAUAAUAAUACUAGUACUUGAACUCGAAGAAGAUCCUUUGGUUUCUUCAAAGUCUCUCAGAUUUCCAAAAGAAUUUUCUCGUUAAAAUCCCUGCAGAGUCAAUCAGAUUUUCUAAAAAGAAAACCCUGGAUUCAUUCGCUGAUUGAAAAUAAAAGGAAAAAACCGGGGAAUUUUGUUUCACUGGGAGCUAGUUUCGGGGGCACGUAAUUGUGAACUCAAAAACUCAGCUCGAUUGAAUUUUUUCUCUCUGAUUCAAAAUUGACGAAAACUAAUUUUCUUAGCUGAGUUGAAAAAGUGAGUGCGGCAUUGGUAAUAAACUGCAUUGAGUGCUGCUCCGAGAAGUUGGGGCAAGUUGAUGAAGUGUUGUUGUUGUUGAUGAUGUUGAAGAGGUGAAGGAUGAGAAAAUGAGUAACGGUUCGUUGGAGUUUCGUUCUGCGAGUUAUGGUUCUUUGGAGAAGCAGCUGCAACUGCAACAGAACGGAGUUGUUGUUUCAGCUAUUCAAUCAGCGCGUAAGCCUUCCAAGAUGCUCAAAGAAAAAGAGAGACUCUUCCUUUGGAUCUGCAAGCUCGCCGGCAGGAGGAAGGUCGGAAUGCUCAUCCUCUCUCUCAUCUCCGCCGCCGUUUUCGUCUGGGUUCUCUACGUUGGAAAAGGUGAUUCGCCAGAAGGGAAUAGGGCAAGUGACAUCAGUGUUAAGGGGAGUAUUUCUAUAAGUGAUUCACCAUCUACGAUCUCUACGGCGAAUAUCAUGGGCUUCGCCACGAAUUUGGUGUUACCCCCUCCUCCCCCUAGCCAUUUUCUGGGUUACACUCUUCCUCCUGGCCAUCCAUGUAAUAGUUUCACUCUUCCUCCACCACCAGCAGAUCCGAAGCGUAGUGGGCCGCGGCCAUGCCCUGUAUGUUACCUUCCCGUUGAAGAAGCCAUUGCACUUAUGCCGAAGUUUCCCUCACCUUCUCCAAUAAUUCAGAAUCUAACAUAUAUCUGGGAGGAAAAUCUAAGCAGAGAUGGGGAGUUUGGUGGUUCAGACUUUGGUGGAUACCCCACUUUGAAGCAGAGAAGUGAUUCUUUUGAUAUACGAGAGUCAAUGAGUGUGCACUGUGGAUUUGUAAAAGGACCUAAACCUGGCCGCAACACAGGAUUUGACAUGGAUGAAGACGACCUAUAUCAUAUGGAGCAGUGCCGUGGUGUAGUUGUUGCAUCAGCCAUAUUUGGAAAUUUUGAUGCGAUAAAUGAGCCAUCAAACGUUAGUAACUAUUCAAAGAAGACAGUAUGCUUCCUUAUGUUUAUAGAUGAAGAAACAGAAAAAGCUUGGAGGGCAUCUGGCCUACUGGGGAUCAACAAAAGGAUUGGAUUAUGGAGAAUUAUUGUUGCUCGUAAUAUUCCUUACACAGAUGCAAGGCGCACAGGAAAGAUUCCAAAGCUUCUGAUUCAUAGGAUGACUCCAAAUGCCCGGUACUCUAUAUGGCUUGAUGGGAAGCUUGAGCUUGUUGUUGAUCCAUAUCAAAUACUUGAAAGGUUUUUGUGGAGGAGGAAUGCAACUUUUGCAAUAUCUAGACAUUAUAAACGCUUUGAUGUAUUUGUUGAGGCCGAGGCAAACAAAGCUGCUGGAAAGUAUGAUAAUGCCUCUAUUGACUUUCAGAUAGACUUUUACAAGAAAGAGGGACUGACUCCAUACACAGAAGCAAAACUUCCUCGUAUAAUAAGCGAUGUUCCUGAAGGAUGUGUAAUUGUACGAGAGCUCGUUCCUAUUAGCAACCUCUUUACCUGUCUUUGGCACAAUGAAGUUGACCGAUUUACUUCAAGGGACCAGAUUAGUUUUGCAAUUGUCAGAGACAAACUCCUGUCCAGGGUUGAUUUUCAUUUUGCCAUGUUCCUGGAUUGUGAAAGGCGCAACUUUGUAGUUCAGAAAUACCACAUGGAUCUACUACUAGAGCGCCAGUCUCCACCAGACUCUGCUGCAGUGAGUCCUCCCCCACCACUUACACCAUCUCUGCCACCUCCAUUGCCGGUGCUUGAAACUCAUCCUCGAAGGGUUGUGAUUCCAACAGUUAGGGGAGGUCCUUGGCGAGGACCCUGGAAAGGCCCUUGGCGAGGCCCUGUAAGGCGUGUAAGAAGGCGCCGUCCCAGAGUUGUGUAUGGAAAUAGAUACAUUGCAGGAACUCAAUAGCCAUUGUUUUUUGGGUGAUUGGUUAUACCAUUUUUUUUUUCCUUUUUCUUUUUGGCAUACACACCUACAAAGAUCAAAAUCAUUCGUUGGCAGAGCUGGAAGGGAAAAAUAUGCAAGAUGAGCGUUCUUACUUUCACUUUGUGCAACUGUUCCAUUGUUAUUGAUAAUUUUUGUUGUAUAUAGAGUAAAAAGAAAAAAGUUGAAUAAUUAUCUUAUCAGGUGGGUUACCACUUACCACCUACCCCCCAAAUCCCUCAAAUGUGGUAACCCAUUUUGUUAUUCCAUUACCCAUAGGAGAAAGUGUACUUGCACUCUCAAAUACCCAAUUACAGAUAAAUUCAUCGUCUUUCUUUCUAUUAAUUA